CUUGCGCUCCCACUCCCAGCAUCCUGACGUCAGGAGGAAGGAGAGUGGGUGCCCACUACACACCCACCCGCACCAAAUAUUUUAAAUUCAUCAGGAAGCUGCUAGUAGCCGAGUGCAAGAGAGGGAGUAGGAGGCAGGGGAGGAAAUCUGCUUCUUUGCAGGAGGAUUCUGCUGGCCACAAGGAAACGGCCACAUCAUGUCAUCUGAUCAGACUUCCCAUUCUACCGUACCACCUCUCCAUUCUCCAAAGUCACCUGUGUGGCCUACUUUUCCCUUUAACCGGGAGGGAAGCAAGAUCUGUGAAAGGGGUAACCACCUUCUUCGGGACUUACCUAGCCCCCUUCCCACCAAAAGAACCCGAACAUACUCUGCGACAGCUCGUGCCUCUGCUGGCCCUGUCUACAAGGGUGUAUGCAAACAGUUUUCACGGUCCCAGGGCCAUGGUUUCAUCACUCCAGAGACUGGUUCAGAGGAUAUAUUCGUCCAUGUCUCUGACAUUGAGGGGGAGUAUGUUCCAGUAGAAGGAGAUGAGGUCACAUACAAAAUCUGUCCCAUCCCACCAAAGAAUCAGAAGUUCCAGGCUGUGGAGGUGGUCCUCACCCACUUAGCUCCACACGCAAAGCAUGAAACGUGGUCUGGUCAGAUAAUUGGCUCAUAAACUGCUUUUUUGCUUUUUUGAAGCCUACGGGCCAACUUCACCAGGAAGUGGAGUUGGGUGGUGGUGUGGGUGGUGGAGCAGCUGCAGGAGCAAUGAAAGAGAAGCCAGGUUGGCGAUUCUUGUUUUCAGUGUGACAUGUUUGCGUUUAUAUUUUAGUCUUUUCUAACAUGGACCUUUAUGUUUGUAAGUGUGAAAGGUGACAUGCAGGAAGUUAGGAAAGAGCUGUGGAGCAGACUUCCUCUUUUGUGUCUUAAUUGUAUCUAUUUGGGCAAAUUCAGUCCUAUUUUGUGUUUGUGUGUGUGUUCAUCCAAAAAGUUUGGUAUCUUGCGGCUGCUCUAAACACAUUAAAAAAGAUCUGUCUGUAAUCCUUGUCCUUACAACACAUAUUUCCAUCGAUUUCUCAAGAGCAGCUGGGACCAGACAGCACCCAUUCAGUAUGCAUUAAGUUCCCUACUUGUCCAGAAUAGGUACUGAGGAGAUCCAGGGACAGUUCUGCUUGGUCUGAAAGUCUUGGGACUGUAGUGUCUUCCAGAACCUUUCUUAAAUGGUGCCAUCUGCUGAGAAUGUGUUUGGUUUCUUAUACAAGGGAGGAGCCAGGUGAUUUCCACUUAGCCCAGCCCAUAAUGGCACUUUUUUGGAUCUCAUUUCCUUUUUGCCUGAACCUAUUGAUAUGGUCAAGUGGCUUUGGUGCCAUAACAUGUGAACUUUGGGUUGUUGUUGCUGUAGUGAUAGUCACUGUUUUUUCACUUGUAUCACAGACAUAGCUAAAGUAGGCAGUACAAAGCCAGUAGAAAGAAUACCUCAAAGAAUAAAUGUGAUUGAUGAUCUUUUCCACUGAUACAAUACAGAGAAAAUACAGUUUUGAUCUUCUUGGUCAGUCAAGGGGGUGGGAAACAAAAGAGAUGGUAAAGAAUGGGCAUUGGACAUAAGGGGAUUCUGAUAUUAGAACUGGUCUUGGAAAAGUCAGAUUUUACAAUCUUGCCAUCCUCCAAAAUGUGACAUGAAGCACUUUGUGCCAGGUUGGUACUCCAUGCUUUGAGACUAUAGAGCAGUUUAGGUGCCUGGAGAGAAAACAGGCAUUCUUGUAGUUGUCUACAUCUCAGUGACUCCACUAAUGGAUUAAAAACCCAGACACAUUUGAAUAUUAUGUGUAAAGUUCUGUAUGUCAUAAACCCUGUACAAACAUUUUCCUCUGAACACAACUGCAGAACUGUGGCACAGAAUUCAUUCUGUUUAAGUACACAGGCAGAAUGAUCAAGAUGCAGAAUAUCAAUUUGAAAAUAAUUCUAGAGCUCUUCCAGGACAAACUGAUAAUUCACUAGUACCAUUUGCACAAGCUAAAUAAUCUUUUUCAGUCCUGCAAAGAAAAUUUUUAAAAAGUGAAAUAUACCCUUCAUCUGUGGCUUUUAAAGGAGAAAACCUUCAUAUUGUACCCUACUCUUCAUAACAUGACUCUUCUCCCUUUGUACUAUCACACAAUAGAAUUUGGUUUCAGAUAGUCCCAGUUUUGGCAAUGUUUUGUUUCCAGUUUGCUUGACUUUACAGAUUUGUGACAGUAGCAUAGCUGUGAUAGUAUAGAUAUAGUUCUCUUCUGUCCAAUGUAGUGAGCUCCUCUUUCUUCCACAUUACUUUUAGAAAUACAGUAUAGUAAUUUAAAUAAUGAUUUCCUUUAGUCACCAUGGAUAAUAGUCACUGAUGGACCUCCUAGCCAUAUCCUCCAUGAGUCUAUCUAGUUCAAUUUUAAAGCCAUGUAGGGUAGUGGCCAUUACUGGCAGUGAUUUCUACAGUUUAAUUACUCAAGGACUGGAAAAAAUACUUUCUCUUGUCAGUCCUGAAUCUACUGCACAUCAGCUUCACUGGGUGCCUCUGAAUGACAACAUUAUGGGAAAUCCACGUGCUUCAUCCCAUUCAUGAUUCUCUAAACUUCUGUCCAAUUGCCCCUAAGCCAUCUUCCUUUCUAAACUGAAAAAGCCUUAGUCUUUUCAGCCUUUCUUCUUUAGAAAGGGACUCCAACUCCUUGCUUAACAUGGUGGUUGCCAUCUUCUGAACUUUUUACAGUUCUUCAGCAUUUUGAGAUAAGACAACCAGAACUGUGUACAAUAUUCCAAGUAAGUCUGCACCAUAGGUCUAUAUAUAGGAUCACAAUAUUGCCCAUUCUAUUUUCAGUCCUUUUCCUAAUAAUCCCCAGCAUGGAGCUUGCAUUUUUGUUGCUGGCAUACACUGAGUCAACAUCUACUAUCCAUUUUUUCCUGUCGAGUCACAACUGUCUUAUGGUGACCCCAUGGGGUUUUCAAGAUGUUCAGAAGUGGUUUGCCAUUGCCUGCCUCUGCAUAAUGACCCUAGACUUCCUUGAAGGUCUCCCAUCCAAUAUUAAUCAUGGCCAACCCUCUUUGGUUUCCAAGAUCUGAUGAGAUCAGGCUAGCUUGGGUCAUUCAGGAUCAGGACUAUCCACUACAACUUUAAGUUCUCUUUCCCUCUCCAGUUAAAAGCAUUGGGGAAACAUAAAUUGGGGUCUUGCCAUGUGGGAAGGAGUGUUCAUCUGGGCUGUUCUUGUAUCGGUCACAGACAACCUGGAACUCUACUGCAGACACCUUAACAGGUAUCUGUGUGUUCUUUCUGUGGAACAAAUAGCUGCUCUAGAAGUAUCAUUGGUUUUGGAAAGAACAGAGAAAGGCAGGGUCAAGCCCUUCAUAAUUCAACCACAAUUAGAGGGGAUUGUAACUGUGUCAAAGCCUUUAAAAGCAGGACAUCUAGGAACAGAUCUUUCAUAAUCAUGACAAACUUGGUCCCAAGGCACAUGGGUCCCCUGUGGAAGCAUUGGUGUACAUUUAAAAGCAAAACAAACAGUAACCUUAACAUGAACGAAUUUUUGCUAAAAUAUUAGCCCACUGUAGUGAUAUUUGAAAUAGCCUGGAGUGACUGGGAUGCAUUGGUUCUUCCUUCUAGGCUGUGUAUGGUGGCUUUGGACAGUGGAGUUAGGCACACGAGAACAUUUUGUUCUGCUACAUCUCCCAAGAUAUUGCCCAGCAUUUUCAUCCUUAGUAGUAUUUUCUAGUUGUAGUUUCUGGAUGCUGCAGAUACUAUUUUUCCUUUGAAUGGAAUCUGCUUGGGCUAGUUCUACUUUUUGCAUCUCCCGCAUCCUUAUCUGUUGAAAUUGUGUGUAGUUCUGAAGUCAAUAUGGGUUUUGUGAGAGAUGGAAGAAUGGGGUCCCAAAGGGGCACACGAGUAUACAGGGUUAUGAUUAAAGCACAAAGUUUUCUAAUACUAAUCUAGACAUUCCAAGUAGCAAAACUCUCUAGGGUAGAGUGAGCAUGUGAUGAGUCUGCACAGGAAUGGUCCAGCAGUAGCUAGCCCCAAUCUAAGGUCCAGUGAAUUAGGAUAUGUCUGUGCCAAUGCUAUCUCUAUCUGUGACUGCUCCCCUUCAUGGAGAAUGUGAAGGCAUAUCUUAAUUUAACCUGAUACCCAAGAAAGAGAUGCCACUGUUCCAAGGGCUCAUGAGGAUGUUUAAGUGGAAGUUGUCCAUCUGCAGUAAGUGUGCAUGUGAAAGACUGAGGAUUUGUGGAGGGGAAGUACAGUAUUCUAGAGCCAUGAGAAUGAAGUUGUUGUAUUUAAAGUUGUGUUUUUAUGUGUGUUUUGUUGGGGGUUGGAGGCUAAUAUCCAUCUGACUUUCACAGUUCACACCUCUGGGACUGUAGCCCAUAGAGUUAGUGUCCUGCAAUUAGAGGUCUUCAUAUGUAUGAAAGACUAACAACUAGAUUAGGAUGUGUACUCUUAGGUGUAUGGUAUAUCUAGCAGGAUAUCAUACUUCCUCCAAGGGCACUUCAGUUCAACACCACAAUGCCUAACCAGUACUAUGGGAAACUAUAUGUAGAAGUGCUUGGAGAAGGCAGCACCUGUUCAACUGGGGGAUUGAACAAAGUCCAAAAUGAAGUUAAUUUUUCUGGGAGAAGUUGCUUCGCUCUCUUCCCUGCUUUCACCAGCAGACAGGAUGGCAGAGGAUUUUUUUGCCUUUUUUCUCUGGCCACGUUUGGCCCCUAGUUUUCUUCCCAAUUGCCUUUAUGUGAAGAAGCAUUAAAACGUUACUUUCUUCAUUAGCUGUGUGAAAUAAAGUCUAGGAAGAUUCUGCCAUGUGAAUGUAGUUCUGCUCUUGAAGUUAAACACAAAUGAGUGGCUUUAAGCAGAACUGUUAAGGGCAGCCAAGUACAUUUUGGAAAGUGAACAAAAGUUCUCUUGUUUCCGAGACUUCUGUGUCCCUCCCGUAAAGCAAUCUGAUGAGUUAUGAACAUCUUAUUGGCCCCUUUGAACAGAAGAAGGAACAUUCAGUUACCUCAGGGCUGGAACAGAGAUGACCCGGGAUACCUAACUGGAUCUUCUUGUUAACUUGGAGGCAGUCAUGGUAUUUUGAUACUUCCCCAUUUUUAAUUCCCUCAAGGUGCUAUUAUUUCUAUGAGAGAGGGUGUUUGUGCCCCCGCUCCCCAUUGGCUAAUACCAAUUUCAGGCAAGAAUUUAGAGAGUGGAAAUGGCAUGGCAUUAAAUAUCUCAUCAAAUUUUCUACUCUGCCUGAAAUCAGAGUCACCUCCCUGCCCCCCCCCCCAGCAUUUUCAUGACAAAAAAAAUAUAAGAAUGAGAAUCAACCGUCUCCUGCAUCAUGUCUGUUUUGAUUUUUAGAGUCCAAGUAUACUUUAGUGCUGUGGAUAAAUCUGUAUGGGAAACAGGUACAAUUGGAGUGUUUAAUAGAGCUUUAAACAGAUGCGCUCUUGCUAGAGUCUUUUGGACCUUUCUCCAAGGUGCAACUGCUUUCUGGCACCAGUGAAGGAACAAAGAAAGGGUGUAGAGGCAGCCAUUUCUCCUCUCUCUGCAGUGUAUCCAGACCCCUAUUUAUGCCCUGCCUCCUGUGAUAGCUACGGGGCUUCUACUGCUGGUCUGCUUAUAUUAAAGCAAGGUGCAAUAUCAGCUGGAGUGCCAGGAAAUGGUGACUUCUCUGGGAAUGCUUUUGGUUCUUUCAGAAAUAACCUUGUUACCUAUGGAGUCUUUUGUGUUUUUACAACUUUAGUGUGGUCCUUACCUGUUUGAUCCCAUGUUGACCUUUGUAACACUGGCAAUAAACCAUUUAAGUGAC